GUUCUUCCUCAUGUGCUACAUGUUCGUUAACCUGGCAUGUGCGGUGCAGACACUGCUGCGGACACCCAACUGGCGGCCGCGCUUCCGCUACUACCACUGGACCUUGUCCUUCCUGGGCAUGAGCCUCUGCCUGGCAUUGAUGUUCAUCUGCUCCUGGUACUACGCGCUGGUGGCCAUGCUGAUUGCUGGCCUCAAAUACAUUGAGUACCGCGGGGCGGAGAAGGAGUGGGGCGAUGGGAUCCGGGGGCUGUCCCUGAGCGCGGCCCGCUAUGCCCUGCUGCGGCUGGAGGAGGGCCCCCCCCACACCAAGAACUGGAGGCCGCAGCUGCUGGUCCUGGUCCGUGGAGAUCAGGAGCAGAAUGUGGUGCAUCCACAGCUCCUGUCCUUCACAUCGCAGCUCAAGGCUGGGAAGGGCCUCACCAUCGUGGCCUCUGUGCUGGAAGGGACUUUCCUGGACAACCACCCACAGGCACAGAGGGCAGAGGAGUCCAUCCGCCGCCUGAUGGAAGCAGAGAAGGUGAAGGGCUUUUGCCAGGUGGUGAUCUCCUCCAACCUGCGAGAUGGCAUGUCCCACCUGAUCCAGUCCAGUGGGCUGGGGGGGCUGCAGCACAACACAGUGCUGGUGGGCUGGCCCCGCAGCUGGCGCCAGAAGGAGGACCACCAGACCUGGAGGAACUUCAUCGAGCUGGUGCGAGAGACCACGGCUGGGCACCUGGCCUUGCUGGUGGCCAAGAACGUUGCCAUGUUCCCGGGCAACCAGGAGAGGUUCUCAGAGGGCCACAUCGAUGUCUGGUGGAUUGUCCAUGAUGGGGGAAUGCUGAUGCUGCUGCCCUUCCUCCUGCGGCAGCACAAGGUCUGGCGCAAGUGCAAGAUGCGCAUCUUCACGGUGGCACAGAUGGAUGACAACAGCAUCCAGAUGAAGAAGGACCUGACCAUGUUCUUGUACCACCUGCGCAUUACCGCAGAGGUGGAGGUGGUGGAGAUGCAUGAAAGUGACAUCUCUGCCUACACCUAUGAGAAGACACUGGUGAUGGAGCAGCGUUCCCAGAUCCUCAAGCAAAUGCACCUCACCAAGAAUGAGCGGGAGCGGGAGAUCCAGAGCAUCACAGAUGAGUCCCGUGGCUCCAUCCGGCGCAAGAACCCAGCCAACACGCGCCUGCGCCUGGACGUCCCUGAGGAGCCAGCUGGUGAUGGCGAGGAGAAGCCAGAGGAGGAGGUCCAGCUAAUCCAUGACAAGAACGCCACCACCUUCUCCAGCAGCUCCCAGUCCCCUGGUGAUGAGGUGGAGGCAGCCCCUGAGAAGGUGCAUCUCACCUGGACCAAGGAGAAGUCUGUUGCUGAGAAGAACAAGAGCAAGAGCCCUGUCAGCCCUGAGGGCAUCAAGGACUUCUUCAACAUGAAGCCGAACCAGUCCAACGUGCGGAGGAUGCACACAGCCGUGAAGCUCAAUGAGCUGGGGCUGGGCGGGGAUGGCGCUAGGCUGUCCCCGUGCUCCAGUGUGGAGUUUGCCCUUGACGGCUGUGCAGACAUGGAGUUCCUGGAAGUGCUGACGGAGCACCUGGACCGAGUGCUCCUGGUGCGCGGUGGGGGCCGAGAGGUCAUCACCAUCUACUCCUGA